CGCCGCCGCCGGGCAGCAGCUGGUGACGCAGGAAAAACGCCCCAGAGAGAGAGAAGCGCUCAGGGCCGGCACCCGGAGCGCGGGCAGCGGCGCCGGAUUUGCCCUCCCGCUUCCCGCCGCAGCGCAGCCGAGUGGGAACCGGGGGAAGCGGAGCCGCCCCCUCAGAGCCGCGGCCUGGCAUGAGACCGUGCCCCGCCGGCCGCCGGGCAUGAGGCAGCGCCCAGGAGGGCUCCGGGCCGCCGCAGCAGCCGCCGCGGGACGAGGGGAAGCGGUGCGGGGGUUAUGCAAUGGUCUCUGCAAGAUGGCAUGUUCUUGAGUUGGAGCUUUUUAAGGCAAGCAUAUGCUGGUACUUCAACUUUACUAAGUGGACUAUAAUUUCUUCUCUCACAUCAACUACAUAAGCAGACAAAAUUGCAAAGAUCUGCCCUGUGUCGAGUAUGACAGCCACGACUCGUGGCUCUCCAGUAGGAGGGAAUGAUAGCCAGGGCCAGGCUCCUGAUGGACAGUCCCAGCCUCCCCUCCAGCAGAAUCAGACUUCUUCACCUGAUUCUUCAAAUGAGAACUCCCCAGCUACCCCGCCUGAUGAGCAGGGCCAAGCUGAUGCUCCACCCCAGCUUGAAGAUGAGGAGCCUGCAUUUCCACACACAGACCUGGCAAAGUUGGAUGACAUGAUCAACAGGCCUCGAUGGGUUGUUCCUGUAUUGCCGAAGGGGGAAUUAGAAGUUCUUCUAGAAGCUGCUAUUGACCUAAGUAAAAAAGGCCUUGAUGUCAAAAGUGAAGCAUGCCAGCGAUUUUUUCGAGAUGGGCUAACAAUAUCCUUCACAAAAAUCCUUACAGACGAGGCAGUGAGCGGCUGGAAGUUUGAGAUUCAUAGAUGUAUUAUUAACAACACUCAUAGACUAGUGGAACUAUGUGUGGCCAAGCUGUCCCAAGAUUGGUUUCCCCUUCUUGAACUUCUUGCCAUGGCCUUAAAUCCUCACUGCAAAUUCCAUCUUUACAAUGGUACUCGUCCCUCAGAAACAGUUCCUGCAGGAGUCCAGCUUGCUGAAGAUGAACUUUACGCCCGUCCUCCUGACCCACGAUCACCAAAGGGUUGGCUAGUAGAUCUUAUCAACAAGUUUGGCACAUUAAAUGGAUUUCAGGUCUUGCAUGAUCGAUUCAUGAGUGGAUCAGCAUUGAAUGUUCAGAUCAUUGCAGCUCUCAUCAAGCCAUUUGGACAAUGUUUUGAAUUUUUAACAUUACAUACAGUGAAGAAAUACUUCCUUCCAAUUAUAGAAAUGGUUCCACAGUUUUUAGAAAAUUUAACAGAUGAUGAACUGAAAAAAGAAGCAAAGAAUGAAGCCAAAAAUGAUGCUCUGUCAAUGAUAAUCAAAUCUCUAAAGAACUUAGCUUCAAGAGUUCCAGGACAAGAAGAAACUGUAAAAAAUUUAGAAAUAUUUAGGUUAAAAAUGAUUCUUAGGUUGUUACAAAUUUCCUCUUUCAAUGGUAAAAUGAAUGCACUAAAUGAAGUCAACAAAGUAAUAUCCAGUGUGUCAUACUACACUCAUCGACAUGGUAAUCCUGAAGAGGAAGAGUGGCUCACAGCUGAAAGAAUGGCAUGCUCAGAGCACAUCCUGCUUGCUUCACUUGGAACAAAACAGUCUGACCAUGAAUGGAUCCAGCAGAACAACAUUUUAUCAAUUGUAUUAAGAGAUAGUCUUCAUCAACCUCAAUAUGUAGAAAAACUUGAGAAAAUUCUCCGGUUUGUCAUCAAAGAGAAAGCUCUCACUUUGCAGGAUCUGGACAACAUUUGGGCUGCACAGGCAGGAAAACAUGAAGCCAUUGUAAAAAAUGUACAUGAUCUCCUCGCAAAAUUAGCUUGGGAUUUCUCUCCUGAACAGCUUGAUCACCUGUUUGAUUGUUUUAAGGCAAGUUGGACGAAUGCAAGCAAGAAGCAGCGUGAGAAACUGCUGGAGUUAAUUCGUCGCCUUGCAGAGGAUGACAAGGAUGGUGUGAUGGCACACAAAGUGCUGAACCUUUUGUGGAAUUUGGCUCACAGUGAUGAUGUGCCAGUUGAUAUCAUGGACCAGGCUCUUAGUGCCCAUAUAAAAAUCUUAGAUUACAGCUGUUCACAGGAUCGAGAUACACAAAAGAUCCAGUGGAUAGAUCGUUUUAUAGAAGAACUUCGCACAAAUGACAAAUGGGUCAUUCCUGCACUGAAGCAAAUUAGAGAAAUUUGCAGUUUGUUUGGUGAAGCACCACAGAACUUGAGUCAAACUCAGCGAAGUCCCCACGUGUUUUACCGACAUGACUUAAUCAAUCAACUUCAGCACAAUCACGCCCUCGUUACACUGGUUGCAGAAAACCUCUCUGCCUAUAUGGAAAGCAUGAGGCAGUAUGCUAAAGAGCAUGGUGAGUAUGACCCUCAGACUGUGAGACCAGGAAGCCGAUACAGUCACGUGCAGGAAGUACAGGAGCGACUGAACUUCUUACGAUUUUUAUUGAAGGAUGGUCAGCUGUGGCUCUGUGCCCCUCAGGCGAAGCAAAUAUGGAAGUGUUUAGCAGAAAAUGCGGUUUAUCUUUGUGAUCGCGAAGCCUGUUUUAAAUGGUAUUCCAAACUAAUGGGGGAUGAACCAGACUUAGACCCUGACAUUAAUAAGGACUUCUUUGAAAAUAAUGUGCUUCAGCUGGAUCCUUCCCUAUUAACAGAAAAUGGAAUGAAAUGUUUUGAACGUUUCUUCAAAGCUGUGAACUGUCGAGAAGGAAAGCUAGUAGCAAAGAGACGAGCCUAUAUGAUGGAUGACCUGGAAUUAAUAGGAUUAGACUACCUUUGGAGGGUUGUGAUUCAGGGAAAUGAUGACAUCGCAAACCGAGCAAUAGACCUUCUUAAAGAGAUCUAUACUAAUCUUGGCCCAAGGUUACAAGUUAAUCAGGUAGUGAUUCAUGAGGACUUCAUUCAGUCCUGUUUCGAUCGUCUAAAAGCCUCCUAUGAUACAUUAUGUGUGCUGGAUGGAGAUAAAGACAGUAUCAACUGUGCAAGACAAGAAGCAAUAAGGAUGGUGAGAGUGCUGACUGUUCUAAGGGAAUAUAUAAAUGAAUGUGACAGUGAUUACCACGAAGAGAGAACUAUUCUACCUAUGUCAAGAGCUUUCCGUGGUAAACAUAUCACACUUGUCGUUCGGUUCCCAAACCAAGGCCGGCAGGUGGAAGAUUUGGAUAUUUGGUCUCACACAAACGACACGAUUGGCCAAGUGCGGCGUUGCAUCCUCAAUCGCAUUAAAGCAAACAGUGCACACACAAAAGUAGAGCUGUUCAUUGGGGGUGAGCUGGUAGAUCCUGCAGAUGACAGAAAAUUAAUUGGGCAGCUGAAUCUCAAAGAUAAAACGCUAAUUACAGCUAAGCUUACACAGAUAAAUUCUAAUAUGCCCUCAAGUCCUGAUAGUUCUUCUGACUCUUCAACUGGUUCUCCGGGCAACCAUGGCAAUCACUACAGUGAUGGUCCAAAUCCAGAAGUUGAAAGCUGUUUGCCUGGAGUGAUCAUGUCACUGCAUCCUCGAUACAUCUCUUUUCUUUGGCAAGUUGCAGACUUGGGCAGUAGUCUAAAUAUGCCACCUCUUAGAGAUGGAGCUCGUGUUCUUAUGAAGCUCAUGCCACCAGAUAACACUACGGUCGAGAAACUAAGAGCAAUUUGUUUAGAUCAUGCAAAGCUUGGGGAAAGUAGCCUUAGUCCAUCCCUUGAUUCUCUGUUCUUUGGUCCUUCUGCCUCACAAGUGCUGUACCUAACAGAGGUAGUUUAUGCCUUGUUAAUGCCUGCCAGUGCACCUCUGGGAGAAGAUGCCAGUGACUUCCAGUACAACUUCCUGAAAAGUGGUGGUUUGCCUCUUGUGCUGAGCAUGCUGACCAGAAAUAACUUCCUGCCAAAUGCAGAUAUGGAAACUCGAAGGGGUGCCUACCUUAAUGCUCUAAAAAUAGCCAAAUUAUUGCUAACAGCAAUUGGAUAUGGCCACGUUCGAGCUGUGGCAGAAGCUUGUCAGCCAGUUGUGGAAGGCACAAGUACAAUUUCACCGAUAAACCAGGCUACGCAUGACCAGGCAGUGGUGCUACAAAAUGCCCUACAAAACAUUCCUAAUCCAACUUCAGAGUGCAUGCUGAGAAAUGUAGCAAUACGUCUUGCACAGCAAAUAUCUGAUGAGGCUUCAAAAUACAUCCCUGACAUCUGUGUUAUCAGGGCAGUACAAAAAAUUGUUUGGGCAUCAGGUUGUGGAUCAGUUCAGCUGGUUUUCAGCUCGAAUGAGGAAAUUAGUAAAAUCUAUGAAAAGACAAAUGCAGGAAAUGAACCAGACAUGGAAGAUGAACAAGUUUGCUGUGAAGCACUGGAGGUGAUGACCCUGUGCUUUGCUUUGAUUCCAACGGCACUGGAUGCACUCAGUAAAGAGAAGGCGUGGCAGACAUUUAUUAUUGAUUUACUAUUGCACUGUCACAGCAAAACCGUUCGUCAGAUGGCACAGGAGCAAUUCUUUUUAAUGGCUACCAGGUGUUGCAUGGGACAGAGACCUCUCCUUUUCUUCAUUACCCUGCUGUUUACUGUUCUAGGGAGCACUGCAAGAGAGAGAGCUAAGCAUUCUGGAGACUACUUCACCCUCUUAAGACAUCUUCUUAACUAUGCUUACAACAGUAAUAUUAAUGUACCCAAUGCUGAAGUUCUUCUCAAUAAUGAAAUUGACUGGCUUAAGAGAAUCAGGGAUGAAGUAAAAAGAACAGGAGAAACAGGUGUUGAAGAAACAAUCCUAGAGGGUCACCUUGGAGUUACAAAAGAGUUGUUAGCAUUCCAGACACCUGAGAAGAAAUACCAUAUUGGUUGUGAAAAAGGAGGUGCUAAUCUCAUUAAAGAGUUGAUAGAUGAUUUCAUCUUUCCAGCAUCCAAUGUUUAUCUACAAUACAUGAGAAAUGGAGAAUUGCCUGCUGAGCAGGCCAUACCAGUCUGUAGUUCACCAGCUACUAUUAAUGCUGGCUUUGAGCUCCUCGUUGCACUUGCAGUUGGAUGUGUGCGAAAUCUCAAACAGAUAGUAGACACGUUGACUGAAAUGUAUUACAUAGGUACAGCAAUCACUACUUGUGAAGCACUCACAGAAUGGGAAUAUCUGCCACCUGUUGGGCCUCGGCCGCCAAAGGGAUUUGUGGGACUGAAAAAUGCUGGUGCCACUUGUUACAUGAAUUCUGUCAUUCAGCAGCUGUACAUGAUUCCAGCCAUCAGGAAUGGGAUUCUUGCAAUAGAAGGCACAGGCAGUGAUGUAGAUGAUGACAUGUCUGGGGAUGAAAAGCAGGACAACGAGAGCAAUGUUGACCCACGAGAUGAUGUCUUUGGUUAUCCACAUCAGUAUGAAGAUAAACCAGCACUGAGCAAAACUGAAGAUAGAAAAGAAUACAAUAUUGGAGUUUUGAGGCAUCUCCAAGUAAUUUUUGGCCAUUUAGCAGCUUCCAGGCUACAGUACUAUGUACCAAGAGGGUUUUGGAAACAGUUCAGACUCUGGGGUGAACCUGUAAAUCUACGUGAACAGCAUGAUGCUUUAGAAUUUUUUAAUUCGUUGGUGGACAGUUUAGAUGAAGCUUUAAAAGCUUUGGGCCAUCCAGCAAUGUUAAGUAAAGUUUUAGGAGGGUCCUUUGCUGAUCAGAAGAUUUGUCAAGGAUGCCCACAUCGGUAUGAGUGUGAGGAAUCCUUCACAACUCUGAAUGUAGAUAUAAGGAAUCACCAAAACCUUCUUGAUUCUUUGGAGCAGUACGUCAAAGGAGAUUUAUUGGAAGGUGCAAAUGCAUAUCAUUGUGAAAAAUGCAACAAAAAGGUGGAUACAGUGAAACGCUUGUUGAUUAAGAAGUUGCCUCCAGUUCUUGCGAUCCAGUUGAAACGAUUUGAUUAUGACUGGGAAAGGGAGUGUGCAAUCAAAUUCAAUGAUUAUUUUGAAUUCCCACGAGAACUGGACAUGGAGCCUUACACAGUGGCAGGUGUAGCAAAAUUGGAAGGGGAUGAUGUGAAUCCUGAAAAUCAGAUAAUACAAAAUGAGCAGUCGGAAAAUGAACACUCUGGGAGCACAAAAUACAGACUUGUGGGUGUACUUGUGCACAGCGGCCAGGCCAGCGGUGGACAUUACUACUCUUACAUUAUCCAGAGGAAUGGUGGAGAUGGUGAGAAGAACCGGUGGUACAAAUUUGAUGAUGGAGAUGUGACAGAGUGUAAAAUGGAUGACGAUGAAGAGAUGAAAAACCAGUGUUUUGGGGGAGAGUACAUGGGUGAAGUGUUUGAUCACAUGAUGAAGCGAAUGUCCUACAGGCGCCAGAAGAGGUGGUGGAAUGCUUACAUUCUUUUUUAUGAACGCAUGGACACGAUAGACAAGGACAAUGAACUAAUAAAAUAUAUUUCAGAAAUCACUAUCACCACUAAACCCCACCAGAUUAAAAUGCCCUCAGCCAUCGAGCGAAGCGUGCGCAAGCAGAACGUGCAGUUCAUGCACAAUCGGAUGCAGUACAGCCUGGAAUAUUUCCAGUUCAUAAAGAAGUUGCUUACUUGUAAUAGUGUCUACCUAAACCCUCCUCCAGGACAAGAUCAUCUGUUGCCUGAAGCAGAAGAAAUAACUAUGAUUAGUAUUCAGCUUGCUGCUAGAUUUCUCUUCACCACAGGAUUUCAUACAAAGAAAAUAGUCCGUGGCCCUGCUAGUGAUUGGUAUGAUGCCCUGUGCAUCCUGCUCCGUCACAGCAAGAAUGUACGCUUUUGGUUUGCACACAACGUCCUUUUUAACGUUUCAAACCGCUUCUCUGAGUAUCUCCUGGAAUGCCCCAGUGCAGAAGUGAGGGGUGCAUUUGCAAAACUUAUAGUAUUUAUUGCACAUUUUUCAUUGCAAGACGGACCAUGUCAAUCACCUUUUGCCUCUCCUGGACCUUCCAGUCAGGCUUAUGAUAACUUAAGUUUAAGUGAUCACUUACUGAGGGCGGUACUGAAUCUUCUAAGAAGGGAGGUAUCCGAACACGGGCGCCACUUGCAGCAGUAUUUCAAUCUGUUCGUGAUGUAUGCCAAUCUAGGUGUAGCAGAGAAGACACAACUUCUGAAACUAAAUGUUCCUGCAACCUUCAUGCUUGUGGCUCUGGAUGAAGGUCCAGGCCCUCCAAUUAAGUACCAGUAUGCUGAGCUGGGGAAGCUGUACACUGUGGUGUCACAGCUGAUCCGCUGCUGCAACGUCUCAUCGCGGAUGCAGUCUUCUAUCAAUGGUAAUCCCCCACUCGCCAACCCUUAUGGUGAUCCUAAUUUAUCUCAACCUAUAAUGGCACUUCAGCAGAACGUAGCAGACAUUCUGUUUGUGAGAACUAGUUAUGUAAAGAAAAUUAUUGAAGAUUGCAGCAACUCUGAAGAGACCAUCAAGUUGCUUCGUUUCUGCUGUUGGGAGAAUCCUCAGUUCUCUUCCACAGUCCUCAGUGAACUACUUUGGCAGGUUGCAUAUUCAUAUACAUACGAGCUUCGACCUUAUUUGGAUCUGCUUCUGCAAAUCCUGUUAAUUGAGGACUCCUGGCAAACUCACAGGAUUCACAAUGCACUUAAGGGAAUCCCAGAUGACAGGGAUGGACUCUUUGACACCAUUCAGCGCUCGAAGAAUCAUUAUCAGAAAAGAGCUUACCAGUGUAUAAAGUGCAUGGUAGCUCUCUUCAGCAACUGCCCUGUAGCUUACCAGAUCCUUCAGAGCAAUGGAGAUUUGAAGAGAAAAUGGACCUGGGCAGUGGAAUGGCUUGGAGACGAGCUGGAGCGUAGACCAUACACUGGCAAUCCCCAAUACACCUACAAUAAUUGGUCUCCACCAAUACAGAGCAAUGAAACAUCAAAUGGCUACUUCCUAGAGAGGUCACACAGUGCUAGAAUGACUCUUGCAAAGGCUUGUGAACUCUGCCCAGAGGAGGAACCAGAUGAUCCUGAUGCCCCAGAUGAACAUGAGUCUUCUCCACCUGAAGAUGCCCCACUGUAUCCCCAUUCACCUGGUUCCCAGUAUCAACAGAAUAACCACGUGCAUGGACAGCCAUAUACGGGCCCGGCAGCACAUCAUAUGAACAACCCUCAGCGAACUGGCCAACGAGCACAAGAAAACUACGAAGGCAGUGAAGAAGUUUCCCCGCCUCAGACAAAAGAUUAGUGAAAUGCACAUAAUCAAUUAACUUGCUCCAUCAAGACUGUGCACCCAGGCCUUACAGUCCAACUUUUCUCUGUGUCUGGCUAAUAUUUAAAACUAGAAAAACUAUUCCUAAUCAACAUGGAGUGGAGAGUCUAUUCACUGUCUUAUCUGCAGAAAAAUUGCUGUCAAUAUAUAACCCGCCUGCAGUGGAAAGUGUAUAGUGUUUUGUAAUAAAUGGCCUGAUGCUAAUGUGUAAAUGGCAAAGGUGUAUAUAGUAUAUUAAUGUUUGACUGUUAAUUCUUGAGCAAGAAACAUUUUUUUUUUGUCUUGAUGAGACUCACAGAUCUACAAAAACAAAAAAAUAAUUUCUUGAUAUAUCUGCUGCGCUCUGCAACCAGUGUUGCCUGCCUCAUGGCAGUUGGAUCAACUCCUUUACAAAAAAGCCUAUCCAUGUCAACCACAAAAAUAGUUUCAUGUUAAUUCUUUGCCACUGGAGUCGAUUUUACUAUGAGCAACGUAAUGGCUGGUAACCUUUUAAUUAUUUGGUUGAUGUGGAAAAUUGGUGAUGUAACAUUGUUUCUAGAUCUUUUUUCAUUGCCUUUUUCAUUCUGGUAUUAGGUUAAUCACUUUGAAGCUAUAGUUAUGCUGUAACAUUUAGCAUGGCUUCACACCAAGUUAGUGUAGCCAAUGAGGGGAAAAAAAAAAAAAAAACAAGCGUGACAGCAGUUGUCCCAAUGUGACAACUGUAUUGCUCAGAACUUUUUCUUCUUACACCUAGACUAUAAAAUGGGGAGGGAAAAUGUGACAAACAAGUGGUUUUCAGUUUCACAUAUGUUCCUCACAUCUGAUGUUUGACAGUUCUCUCUCUGGGUGGGAUAAAGAACACUUAGUUUUCAGUAAUAGGAAUUUAAAAGAUUUAAAACAAAUAUGCAAAAAUUUGCUAUGCCAGGAUGCCUGGAGCAUAAUAGACUGUAUUUGGUGUGCUUGUUUUGUUUCUUUGGUAGAGCUUAUUAGAUAAACUUCUAACACUUUCCUUCUACUGCAUCCCAGUGAAGUGGAAGUCAACAAAAUCACAGAGUACUUGUGAGUGCCACUGCACCAAGUUAACUUGCUGGUUUUCUGCUCGUUCACAGUUCUACUUGAAAGCGAGAAUUGUCUUAGCUCUUUAUCCAUUAUACAGAAAAUCUUAACAUUAGAAGCAGGGUUUAAAUAUAAAAGAAACUACUGGUUAGUCAAAUACAAUUCUGAGGUAUCUCUAUUCCAGAAUAAACAUUUGUUUAAAGACUUAAAGAAACGCAUCAGUAAAUACUGUAUUUAAAUGAAAAUUGGUAACUUGAAUGUGUGUAAUUUUUUUGGAACCUGUCUAAAAACCAAAUACCCCUGCAAAACAGAUACAGCCCACCCUAUACUAUUUAAAUAUUUUGCUGUUUUAUUUUAUAGAAAUUAUUUUGCUGAAUUCACAAAUAGAAUUUGAUUUAAGAAGAA